AUGAAAACGCCAAUUGUUCAAAAGCAUACUCAAGUCGCACGUGAGGUAGGAAUGGAAUUAUCAACUGCUGUUCGAGAACGAUGGGGCGAGGAAUUUAUGAAGUAUCAUUUUGAAAGUUUGAAAACCAAUAUUUUGGUUCGAUUAGCCGAAAAUCCAAUCAAAAUAGUACGUGCAGUUCAACAUGCAGUAACAAGCAAGUCACCAUGUAUCCGUUAUCGACCUGGUUGGCAAUCAAAAUUCGUUUACUUUCGUUUAUCAAUAGUACCUGCCUGUUUAACCGAUUUUUAUUAUGCAAAAACACGCUCCUUACCUGUUCUACCGGCAGGCGUUACUAAGCAACUCAAGCCAUAA